AUGUCAGAGAAAAAAUCAUUAAAUAGUCUUAUUAUACAUCCAGAUAUCGAGCCUGGGAAUAACAAUUAUACUACUACAAACAAUAAUUUUCGUUCAAAAUUUGCUGAAGAAGGUGUUCAUUUAGAUGAAGCGCCAAUUGUUCGUUUAGAAUUUCAAAACAUUUUAAGAAUAGACUACCUUUGGAUGUUAAAAUCGCUCCGAAAACUUACACUGGCCCAUAACUUGAUAGAGAAAAUUGAAAAUUUGGAUCAGCUUACUGGUCUGAAUGAAUUGGAUUUGUCGUUUAAUAAAAUUGAAAAAAUUGAAAAUCUUGAUGAACUUGUUAAUCUUGAAGUACUAUCUUUAUUUCAUAAUAAAAUACGUAAAUUAGAAAAUAUGGAUACACUUCAAAAUUUGCUUGUGUUUAGUAUUGGAGAUAAUUUAAUAGAAGAUUACAAGGAAAUGGCGUAUAUGCGCAGAUUUCGUAAACUGCGAUCGGUUAGCUUCAAAGGGAACCCAUGUUGUGACGAUCCCAUGGCGUAUCAGUUCCUUAAGUCGGCACUCACCAGAGUCACAUACCUCGAUUAUAAAACCAUAACCGAAGAGGAGAGAGAAAGUGGAAAAGCCAUUUUCAGAGGUUUAUUGCGUAAAUUAGACGAAGCAGAUGAGAAAUCAGAAAAAGAAAGGAUAGCGAAAGAAGAAUACGAUGCUAAAGUUGAAUUUUACGCCCUCUCGUUUGUGGAAUAUCUGAGUGGGCCGGAGUUACUCGAAUCGAUGUUUGAGAAAGACCCGGACGGGUCUCUUCUCCUCAAAGUUGGUGGUGAACUUUUAGGAUUUUAUGAACAAUACAAGGAACAAUAUGUAGAGACUAUGGCAGGUCUAGUGGAGUUUGCUCAAGAAGCGUAUAAUGCAAGGCAGCACGAAAUUAAACUUUUCAAAGAUUUAGUUAACAACGCUUUAGAAGAUAGUGUACAGAAGAGCAAAGAGGUUUUAGAGGAAUUCGAGAAGAAGAAGAAGCCUUUAACAGAGGCCAUGAACGAAGUAAUCCGGAAAUUCUCAACAAAACAAGCCACUAUUGAACAACUUGAACCUAGGAUAGUGGACUUGGGGGAAUCUUUCAACGACGUCCUGUAUGAACUGUGGAAGAGUCUUAUGACUAUUGAGAUGCAGUUGUACGAGCGAUGCGAGGAGUCGCGGGUUCAAUUCUCAGUGAACAUGACGGAAAUGAUAACGAAACUGAUGGAGGUGUCUCGUAACGCUUUUGGCGCGUGGCGAGAGAACGAGGCCGUAUGGUCAAUGCGUCAGUUCGAGUCUCUGUCCAAGUUGCUUGGCAACAAAGUCAUGCUCGGAGACGCACCAGCGGAGUUGUUCGAGGUAAUGAUGGAUCGUGACAUGAUGAUGAACUUGGUAGCUCAGUCGUCUGACAAUCACAUGCGGUUCAUUGAUGCACGUGAGGAUCUUCUUAUGACACGAGCGAACAACUGGCGAGAUGAUCUUGUUCAGGGGACUAAUGAUAACGAGAUAAAGCGAAACCGUGACAGAAUCUUGGAGAUAAACUACUUCAUAGACAAUCAAAGGGAGGAAUGGACUGAUAUGCAGAUGGGCCUGACGGAGGCAGUAGAUCCAGAGACAGUCGCUUUACUUGGAGAUGAUUUCUAAAUAUAAUAUUUACGAAAUCGUAUGUAUUUGUUCUUCUAUCGUCUAUUAAACCUAUUAGCUAUAAAACGAA